AUGUUUUGGAGAUUCGGGUUCAAUAACGGGUCUUCAAUAGACAGCCUCCUCGACAAGGAAGACGUUUCCCUCGAGGCUAUCCUCGACGAAGAUGACAUCCUUCAAGAGUGCAAGGCCCAGAAUACAAGGCUCAUCGAUUAUUUCCAGCGAGUAGACGUAUUGCAGCGGUUAUUGGGAUAUGUGACAGGCGAGAUAGAGGUGGAGGAAAAAUCCAAAUACUCCUAUGUUGCUACCGAGGUCCUCUGCAGUGAGAUAUGGUCGAUCGUCGAGACGUGCAUCAACCAUUCGGAACAACUCUUGAUCCCGUUCUGGGAGACCGUCCUGGACAGAUCUCCAGAGGACAUGAGAAUGCAGAUGGUCAUGGCCUCUCACUUUGCCAAAAUCAAUGCCAUAUUUCUCAACAAAAAGCCGGUGGAGAUGCUUGAAUUCAUCCUUGCCCAACCUGCCGUAGUGGAGAGAAUACUGCAACACAUUGAAACACCCGCAUUUUCUGACCUGCUGGUCCGUAUCAUCCAAUUGGAUGAACAGCCAGUAGGUGCUGGAGUUUUAGAAUGGCUUUCAAACGAAAAUCUCAUCGCCCGGCUCAUUGACCGACUCUCGCCCUCCUAUUCUCCUGAUAUGCAUACCGUGGUCUCCGAGCUCGUGAAAGGCAUCAUAUCAAUGGCUACCCCUGGCACCGGCGCGGGCAUCGCUGACGGGCUGCAGAACAGCCUCCCAUCAAAUUUACUCGUUCGCGUGCUUGCUCGCCAGGAAAAUGUGCAGAAGCUCUUUGACUACAUUCUCCACGACUUUGGUACCGGCGCGGCUCCCGAGUCUUCAGCGGGGGCGGCAGAGAAACAGGGUUCAAAUCCUGAUGAAGGACCAUUUGUUGACGACUCUAGCGUAUCUGCAACUUCUUCCUAUCCAAACGUCGAAUCUUCCACCUCCUCUGUUGUUCAGUCCAUUUGCAUCAUCGUCGAACUCAUGCGCCAAAACAAUUCGGACUAUUUUGAGCCUUACCUCUUCUACAUAUUGCGGAAUCGGCUGAUGCACACUCAACAGACGAUGCAAGUUUACGACCGUGACGCAUUAGAGCGUAACAUGAAGGAGAUAGCGGAUCACGUCGGCGUCGUCCAUCUUCGUCCAUUGCUUGAGAUCAUCUGCGACCGAUUAGAACAGCUCAAUCACUUUUUGCGGAAUCCUCGGUCUAUCAAUGGAACCAUCUCCACCACGAUAGGUAACAUCGCGCCUCUCACCUUUGAGAGAUACCGGAUAUGCGAGCUCUACGGCGAGAUUUUCCACUGUUCUGGACUGGGACUCCUCAAUCGACCGGCCGAGUUUGACAACAUGUACAACUCAGAAGGGCUUCUCCAAGGCGGGCUUUCAGGCCUAGACGAACUCUCUCAAUUUGUCGACAUGGGACCCGGCAGCAAUCGUGACCAGGAGGCCAUGGACGAAGGCGGAGAAGAGCUAGAGCCUGCAUUGGAGCUACCGGUUCAUGGCGCAUCGCACUACGUGUCUUCUCUGUCAGAUUCAGACGACGACAUGAGCGAUGGUGAUGGACCUGGAAGCUCGGAUGAUGAUGCCAUGGAGGAGAUAGCGAUGUAUGACGAGCCGAAGCAAAUGGAGGGCAGCCCCGGGCCUCCUUCGCCAACGCAUUCGCGAUCGCCUGCAGAACAGAGCCCGAGCCCAAUAGCUGUAUCUGCAUCUCCCGGUGGCGCUUCCUCGUCUCCUACCGCAGAGCAAACCGCCGAUAGUCCUCUACGACGACGGGGAUCGACUCGAAGCAACGAUUCGGAGACGUCGACGACGGGCCGACGUUCAGCAGGCUCGAGACGAAGUUCCAGAAGAAUCACCAUCCAAGAUCUCCCUCAGCCCGAUCUCCCUCUACCCAUUGGCGAACGGCUUAAGCAAAAAUACUUGGAAGUAGGCGUGCUGUCAACACUGAUGGAUCUGUUUUUUGAGUACCCUUGGAAUAAUUUUUUGCACAACGUCGUCUACGACCUGUUCCAUCAGAUUCUGACCGGUCAUACUGACAGCACCAACCGUGCACUUAUCCUGUCACUGUUCCGCGAUGCAAAGCUGAUGUGGCGAAUUGUCGAAGGGCAACGAAGGAACGACACCGAAAGCGCCAAGCCCAAGGGCGUGCGUCUGGGAUACAUGGGCUAUUUGACGUUGAUGGCCGAUGACGUCCUCAUGGCGCUGGAGACCUUUCCGCCAGACCUUCGCCUCGCCGUCGCGGAGACUGCGCCCCAGCCCGACUGGGACGAAUACGUCACUGGCCGGUACAACGAGACGAAGAAGAAAGACACCAGCGUCCUCGGGGGAGGAAAACCCAGCAUCGUGGCGAGCGCGGCGCGUCCUGGGGCCACGCAAUGGAGGGUGGACGAGCAAGACAUCAGUCCUUCGGCACCGAGCGCCAGCAGCGCAUCCGGCUCCGGUGCGGGCAGCAGUGGCUCGAAUCAUUCGGGGGUGCAAGGCGAGUUCCGCAGGGCUACAAGUGCACGACCUACCAAAGGGAAUAGCGCGGACUUCCGCGCGGCAUUCGCGGACGAUGAUGACGACGACGACGACGACGAUUUCACUCCAAGCGGCCACCCACAUUUCGCGCGGUACCUCGCGCAGGAGAUGCAUUCUCCGGACGAGUUCGGGUCGUCCUCGUCGCCAGAUCAUUCAGACGACGAAGACAGCGGCUGGCUCGCGCAGUCGCAUUUCGACCUCGAUAGGCAGCCGCCCGUGUCCACCCGUCCUCGACAGCCCCAGCGCAGGCCGCUGAGCGCCAACGGGUUCGAGGACUCGUUUGCGCCUAGGGACGUGUCGAUGAGCCCCUUUGGCGACCCAUUCAGCACGGAGGACGAUGAUGACGAAGGCUUCGGCCCGUUCUCCGACUCGGCGGCGGCGAGCGGCUCGGACCCGUUCACGUUCUCGUCGCGCCUGACGGAGGACGCGCACGACGCGUCGUUCGACAGCUUCGGCGACUUUGGCGAGUUCCACACCGCGGACGCGGACGCGGAUACCGAUGCGGAUGCGGACGCGGACGCGGACGUGGAUGGGGAGACGACGCCGACGGCGGGCAGCUGGACGUUCGCGAGCGGGUCGAGCGUGGGGUCGGACGUCGGCUCGGAGGCGGAGGACGUGGGAAAGGCGGAGCAGCCGCCGCGGGAGGACGGUGGGGACACGGGGCGAGGUGGGCCAACGACGGGCGCGUGA